GGCGGUUGUCGCGGACGGAGACGGUUGCGGGGGGAGGAAGCAUAAUAAAACCGUUGUUGCGGGUGGAGAGCGAGCGAGAGGGAGAACGAGCGAGCGCGCGCUGCCCGGGACGAACGGCUCGUCCCCCCGUUGUGCGCGGCCGCACCCCCCUCCCCGCCGCGAGUUUCGCGAGUCGGCGCCGCUGUCGGCCGACAGGGUAUCUGAAGUGGAAGGGGCAUUUAGAGCAAACGGUAUUGAGAUGGAUUGGGUUAUGAAACAUAAUGGUCCAAAUGACGCUAGUGAUGGCACGGUACGACUUCGUGGACUGCCAUUUGGUUGCAGCAAAGAGGAAAUAGUUCAGUUCUUUCAAGGGUUGGAAAUCGUGCCAAAUGGGAUAACAUUGACGAUGGACUACCAGGGGAGAAGCACAGGGGAGGCCUUCGUGCAGUUUGCUUCAAAGGAGAUAGCAGAAAAUGCUCUGGGGAAACACAAGGAAAGAAUAGGGCACAGGUAUAUUGAGAUCUUCAGGAGUAGCAGGAGUGAAAUCAAAGGAUUUUACGAUCCACCAAGAAGAUUGCUGGGACAGCGACCGGGACCCUAUGAUAGACCAAUAGGAGGAAGAGGGGGUUAUUAUGGAGCUGGGCGUGGAAGUAUGUAUGACAGAAUGCGACGAGGAGGUGAUGGAUAUGAUGGUGGCUAUGGUGGUUUUGAUGACUAUGGAGGCUAUAAUAAUUAUGGUUAUGGAAAUGAUGGCUUUGAUGACAGAAUGAGAGAUGGAAGAGGUAUGGGAGGGCAUGGCUAUGGUGGAGCUGGUGAUGCAAGUUCAGGUUUUCAUGGUGGUCAUUUCGUACAUAUGAGAGGAUUACCCUUUCGUGCAACUGAAAAUGACAUUGCUAAUUUCUUCUCACCACUAAAUCCAAUACGAGUUCAUAUUGAUAUUGGAGCUGAUGGCAGAGCCACGGGAGAAGCGGAUGUGGAGUUUGUGACACAUGAAGAUGCAGUAGCUGCCAUGUCUAAGGAUAAAAAUAACAUGCAACAUCGGUAUAUUGAACUCUUCUUAAAUUCUACACCUGGAGGUGGCUCUGGAAUGGGAGGUUCUGGAAUGGGAGGCUAUGGCAGAGAAGGAAUGGAUAACCAGGGAGGAUACGGAUCUGUUGGAAGAAUGGGAAUGGGGAACAACUACAGUGGAGGAUAUGGUACUCCUGAUGGCCUGGGUGGUUAUGGUCGUGGCGGUGGAGGUGGUGGAGGUUACUAUGGGCAGGGUGGCGUGAGCGGAGGUGGAUGGCGUGGGAUGUACUGAAGACAGCCACCAACACAUGAUUCCUGAUAACAGCGUCUGGUCUGAGGCUUUCUACAGACUUAAUCUCUUUUGUAUUUUAAGAACUUUAUAAUGACUGAAGGAAUGUGUUUUCAAUAUAUUAUUUGGUAAAGCAACAGAUUGUGAUGGGAAAAUCUGUUUUCUGUAGGUUUUAUUUGUUGCAUACUUUGACUUAAAAAUAAAUUUUUAUAUUCAAACCACUGAUGUUGAUACUUUUUAUAUAUAGUUACUCCUAAAAAUGUGCUGCCUUCAUAAGAUUUGGGUUGAUGUACUUUACUGUUCAUUCUAGAAAAAAGUAGUCUAGUAUAACGUUAGAGAGCGGUGUUUCUCUUCUGCAUAAACUGCCAAGACAUGGAAGAGAGCUAGGGCAGUUAGUGUGUAUCUUUCUUCUCCUGAACUACACUGUAAAUAUAAAGCUGAGACAUGAGUUCAGGUGGCUUCAGGAAUAUACAUACAUGUAGCUACUUCUGUAUUCUUUUUCUAAUAUUUUCAGUCAUAGCUCUGAAUGACCUAAGGGGUAUCUGGACUUCUAGAUUUUCACAAUUGUGUUAUGAAUUACGAACUUAGGUGGGUGGAGUAUUGGGAAGUUCAAGUUUAACUCUAGAUUUAAAAAUGAAAUCCUCUCGGCACCUGAUCAAGGAACCCAGAAAGUUUCUAAAGAUGUCUUAACAUUCUCUGUGACGACAUGAGAAUUCUGCACAAGUACAUAGGUUUUUACUGUGGAAGGUAUAAUUUUCACAAUUGUAUUUUCAGUUUCUAUCCCAGGAGACCAUGUGGUUUUAAACUGUAUAAAUGACUACAUUGAAGAAAAUUAUAAAAACCUGUGUCAUAGGUCAAAACCUGCAUCUGCUAUUAGCUUUUGAAUAUUUAGUAAAAAUAUGACAUGUAGCAAGGAAAAGGUGCUUUAUUUAAUUUUAUUACUUUUGAUCAAUGAUUUUUCCAAAUUGGCUAAUGGAUCAAAAAAACCUGUCAAUGUGAAUUCAGUUAUUGAACUUGUUAUCUUGUUUUGCUAGAAAUGUUAUUCGUGUAAUAAAUGUCAGUGUGGGAGAUAA